AUGCCUACCGAGUUCAAACUCAACACCGGGGCAGAGAUUCCAGCCAUCGGCUUCGGAACAUGGCAAGAUGAGCAAGCCCAAGAAGACGCUGUUACCGAAGCGCUCAAAGUCGGUUAUCGGCACAUCGAUACUGCACGAGUAUACCUCACAGAGAAAGCGGUUGGUAAAGCAAUCAAGAGAAGUGGUAUUCCACGUCAAGAACUCUUCAUCACGACCAAGUUAUGGAACAACAAGCACCAUCCAGACGAUGUAGCACCCGCAUUACAGCAAUCGCUGAACGACCUGGAACUGGACUAUGUCGACUUGUAUCUGAUACAUUGGCCGGUUGCCUGGAAACGUGGAGACGAGCUUUUUCCCAAGAAGAACGGUAACAUGAUACUAGAGGAUAUCGAUAUUGUCGAUACAUAUAAGGCCAUGGAAAAGCUGCUAGACACGGGAAAAGUAAAAGCCAUCGGGGUCUCAAACUUUUCCAAAGCUGAGAUGGAGCGGCUUCUAAAGGAAACCUCCGUCGUUCCGGCAGUUCACCAGAUGGAGUGUCACCCCUGGCUGCAGCAACGCGGAAUCAGUUUUACGGACAGAAGGGCUCGAUUGGAAAAGUUGAUUAACGAGCCUGUUCUUGCGGAGGUUGGAAAGCAAUAUGAUAAGAGUGCGCCUCAAGUUACACUAGCAUGGGGCGUGACUCAGGGCCAUUCUGUUCUUCCAAAGUCGAAAACCCCGUCGCGGAUUCAGUCUAAUCUUAAGGGCGACUUUAGACUAGGACCCCGGGAUAUGGAGAAGAUUCGGUACAUUGACAAGAAGCUUCGUUUCAAUGAUAGUAGUGGAGAGUUUGGGAGAGAUUUCUUUACUGACUUGGAAGGCAAAUAA